CUGAAAAAAUGUUUGCCUGAAAGGGUCCACUACCACAGUUUUUACGUCUCAAAGACUGAAGUGCCCCACUUACUUAUGUCAGAGGCUAAUGGUUUAUGCCACUCCGACUGGUGAGCUGCUGUUUCUUGUCUUCUUAUUGUGGCUUUUACCUCUAUCACUGCUGUGCCUGAAUUGCACCCUGACAGUUUUCCUUUGCCAGCUCUCAUCCCUUUCCUCCUGGCCACACGGGUGGAUUCCUGGGUGUGAGGACUGUGCGUGGCUGUUCAUUCUAUGCAGCCACUCCGGUGAGCUGUGAGUGAGGGUGGAGACAUGGGGCCGAGGACUGCGCUGGCCAUGCAGUGUGGACGUGUGCAUGCGUGUUCCUUUUCUAGGGAGCAGGAAAACAGCCGCAGAGCCCUGGACUCUUCAUGCGGCCUGUUAAAGAUGCACCUGAGACCGUUAUAAGCAGACACUGAAAUGCCUGGACAGUUUCUGGGUUUUCUAGCCACUCUUCCAGCCUUUGCCACUCCCUGCUGGGUCCGGGUGGUAUGAUACUCAGAGGGACACCUUGAUCACAGCUGCUCUUUGGCCGGAGACAUCCGCCCGAGAUCGUGUCUGCCGCUCAGGAUGGCCAGUCAGCUGCCCGAGGACCCUGCCGAGGCGCAGGUCUCCGACGAGCUGGAGUGCAAGAUUUGUUACAAUCGGUACAACCUGAAGCAGAGGAAGCCCAAAGUGCUGGAGUGUUGUCACAGGGUCUGUGCCAAAUGCCUCUACAAGAUCCUAGACUUCGGGGACUCCCCGCAGGGUGUCAUCGUGUGCCCAUUCUGCAGGUUCGAGACCUGCCUGCCAGACGAUGAAGUCAGUAGCCUGCCCGACGACAACAACAUCCUGGUAAAUUUGACUUGUGGAGGCAAAGGGAAGAAGUGCCUGCCGGAGAACCCCACCGAGCUGCUGCUGACCCCCAAGAGGCUGGCCUCCCUCGUCAGCCCUUCCCACACGUCUUCCAACUGCCUGGUCAUAACCAUCAUGGAGGUGCAGCGAGAGAGCUCCACGUCUCUGAGCUCCACUCCCGUGGUUGAAUUUUACAGGCCUGCCAGUUUUGACUCGGUCACCACCGUGCCCCACAGCUGGACUGUGUGGAACUGCACGUCCCUACUGUUCCAGACCUCCAUCCGGGUGUUAGUAUGGCUGCUGGGCUUGCUGUACUUCAGCUCCUUACCCUUGGGUAUCUACCUGCUGGUGUCCAAAAAGGUCACCCUCGGGGUUGUCUUUGUCAGCCUCGUCCCUUCCAGCCUUGUCAUCCUCAUGGUCUAUGGUUUUUGCCAAUGCGUUUGUCACGAAUUUCUGGAUUGUAUGGCGCUUCCUUCUUAAAGCAGUGUGCAAAUAGAAAGCUGACGCAUUGCCGUGUUCAAAGUUAGGUGAUUUAUAAUUUAUAGAAGUUACUUUUUAAAAUGUUCUUUAUGAUUAGCAUCCAGGGCAUCAAGAAAGGCCUUGGCCAUAUGUUUCUGGUCUGUUCUCCCCCAGGUACUAGCUUGUUGGGUGAAAACAGUUCGUGCUUAGGAGUUAGCAAAGGAGCAGAGCUGUGUGAGCUCAGUCUUUGCGGGGGCUCUGACAGCCCAGAGACUUCCUCGGGCAGGGGCAGGAUUUCCCACCGCCCCUUGAGAUGGCCCCAGAGUGAGGUGCACUGUGCUGGAGCAGAGGUCUUUGUGCAGAUUAGGGAUGAGCUGUUCCUCCUUUCCCAGCCAGAGAGUCUACAGGGGGGUGGGCACGGGGGCAGGGGGGGAGCUGAGCCACUCCCCAAGUUUGCAGUCUGUGUCCCCACACUCUGGGUGUUAGAGCCUUGAUCUUAUUUAGGUGCUUUCUCUCUUAAGGUAAUGUCACUCUGAGGUCUGCCGCUCCGCAGAGACGCCUCCCCCUCUGGGUGUUCUCUCCUGCCAAAGGGAUGGUAGGCCUGUUCCUUUGGGUGAUCUCCUUGAAUUCCUGUUUUGCCACAUCACUAAAGAGUGCAGAAAGCAUUGAGGAAUUUACGUCAAAGUAGGCGUCAUGGCAGAACAAGGCAGUUUGUCUUCCUUCAUGUUUAUUUCCCUCUUCUCAAGAAGAACAGAAGACAAUGGACUAUGGUAGAACAGUUACUGUUCAUAGGAACUUCCAUUUGGGUCGUUCCUUAAAACAUCUUAGUGUUGCUUUGUUUUUAACUAACUGGCUCAGUCAGCCCCACCCCUAGCCCAACCAAUAAGUUCCAUGUAAACUAGCUGCUGCAAAUUCCUAGUUUGAAAUAUUUUAUUAGGAUUUAUUUAACUUAGUCCUGUAACAACUGGGGAUGAAUUGUGGCAGUGGAAACCCAGAAACGGUUAGCAAGGUGCUGUAGCUAAUGGUUUGAAGUUCUGAGCACUUAAAGCUUUUCGUUAUAUUUGUUGAGUUAUGUACAAAACUGCAUGCUGUGGAAAGAAGUCCAGGCAGGCAGAGGCCAGGGCCAUGUGAAACUGUGCCCUGCUCGAAAGGGCCUUCAAGUGUGAGAAGUAGAGGCAGCAGAGAGCAAUUUAAGCAUAUUGUUAGCCCGGCUGUAGCUGAGUCAGUUUGGGAGUAGAUUGCAGUUCUUAAUUUUAUUUCGAAUAAAAGCAUAAACUGUGUGACUUGAGCUAAUGGACUUCUUUUUGAGGACGUAGGGGAAGUUGAAUGUAUAUAGUUACGAGAAGAAAUUGUCCAGCAGAUUUUAGGUUUGAGAGAAUAGAAUGUUCACAGAAACUAGGGAACAAAAGCUUUUAGUCUCUAAAACCCAUUACUAAUGAUUAACAUUCAAAUAUUUGUAACUCUUAGAAAAGGGCAUCCCGGAGCGUACUUUAACUUGUUUGUAAUAAAGUAUUUGUUGCGUGAAAUAGUCACAGUGGACCAAUUCCUAUCUCCUCAUGGAGGAGAGAUUGAUAUUUAUCUUAAAUAGCAAGUUCAUUUUAUUUGUAUAAAUACUAACUUUGAUAACAUGUAUGCCAUGAUAAGUAUGAAGGUAAAGUUUAUGUGGGGUAUGGGCUAAGAAAUUUAAGCCCCAAGAUAUGCUAACCAUGUUUAUGAGUCCAUAAAAUCUAGUUUUGGUAGCAUUGUGAAUGCAAUUUCCAGAAUUCCAUUUGUACUUUGAGUAAAUAUAAUGUUUAGGAGAUGUUUUGUGGUUUGGAUUUAUAUAUUUAUAAGGUUUUUUAAAAAAUGCCUCAUUUUGUCUGAAAUGGAACAUUGAGGAAAUUGGUGAGCUAUAUGGUGGGAUUUCCAGAAAGCUCUGGAUAUGGGUACCACGUGUUUUACUUAUUUGUAUAAAGUCUGCUGUGCUAACUGUGUGUAUCUGUGUAUCACAGUGGUCUUUUUCUUUAGUUUCUAGUAAAUUGGCCUGGUUUUAAAGAGUUUUAAGUGUAUAAAAAAAAUAACAAAAACCCUCUUUGUGCUAUUGAAUGAAAAAAGGGCAAUGCUUUAAUAUUUUAUUCACUGUGAUAAUGCUUUGUUUGUCUAUUAAAUUAACUGGAGGUUUGACUUCUCUGA